AAAUGGCUUUGUUCUGGAUAUGAAGCUAUACCAUUUAAAAGGAAAGUUUUCACAGAUUUAAAAACAAUUAUUAGAAUGUCUAAACAGUUUUACUGGAAAAAAAAUAAAAAAUAAAUUGUAUGCAUUUUAAUGCCAUAUAACGACAUCUUUCUUUAUUAUGAAUAAUUCGAUUGCUAGAAAGUAUUUAAGUCUGUGUACCUAAAGUGGAACAAGGUGUGCACAUCAGAACUUGAGUUUUAUUUUGUUGUCGUUUUCUCUCUAUUUGAACAAAAUAACACAAUCUAGCUUAAAUCAGUGGUUUAUUUUCGUUUCGGACAUCGAUACUAUUUGGAAAGAUGGAUGAUGAAAAGCAGCCUCUGAUCCAGAAUACGAGUGUAAGAGAAACAACUGCAGACGAAAUAUUAAGAGAUAGUUCUUUUUGUUUAAGUUAUAUUAAGCUUGUCCCUGUCACCCUGUUAUUGCAUUUUGCCGGUGGUGUUGGUUACUAUGCUACAAUUCAGUGGAUUCGUGAAUAUGUGAAAGAAACGAGUGGAUGUUUAGCCAACACUUCUUUUAACAAAACAGAAAAUGGGAACUGCAUUGGCAAUGGAUCAUUAGGAAAUAUUGAUCCUGAUUCUCACAUUGAACAAGAAACGGCGAAAUGGAUCAUGUACACAUCGCUGGCAACUGCAAUCCCAGCAUCAUUUUCGUCAGCCUUGUUGUGUUCGUUUUCGGAUAGUAUAGGGCGAAACUUUCUCUUUGUUGUUGUCGCAUGUAGCACAUUAGUUCGACUUACAGUUUGCUCAUUGAGCAUGUACUACAAAUGGAAUCUAUUAUGGAUAGUGUUGGCAGCUGGACUUGAUGGACUCACUGGUUCUGUUCAUACCAGCGUAUCGGCCGGGAUAUUGUUCUUGGUCGAUAUUACACGACCUGGACGACAUCGCACCAUUGCAUUGAGCGUCUUCGACGGCCUUCUGAUGUUCUGCAGUACAAUAUCUGGAAUCAUGUCAGGGUUCUUGAUCAAACAUGCCGGAUUCUUUAUAUCAACAACCGUUUGUACCGGUUUAGCUUUGUUCGGGUUAUUGGUGAUUGUGUGGUUUCUUCCCGAAACGAAUAUUAAUAUUGACAAUUCGAAAUCAUCAAGCCUUUGCCUGAAAGUCUGGGCAGCGACCUUAUAUUGCAACUGUAGAGAGUGGAAGUAUAUCAGGAGGCCAUUUGUGUUGAUAACUGUGUGCUACUUCUUCCAGAAUCUUGCUGUGUCACACAGAGGUUCAAUUGAAAUAUUGUACCAGCUCGGCAAGCCUUUCUGUUGGACACCUGAGAUGAUUGGCCUGUUUUCCGCCGCUCGCUCGACAGGGCAAGGGUUGAUCGGCGUUUUAUCCAUUAUCCCGAUCAAAAAAGGCCUGUCUGAGAUCAACGUAGCGCUCAUAAGUGCAGUCUUCAACACUGGGUCGUAUAUCUUGGAGGGCCUAGCGACAACAACACUGGAAUUAUUCUUAGUUCCAGUGUUUGCCGCAUUCGGUUUUGUGGCUGCACCUAUGCUGAAAAGUUUAUUGUCUUCUUUGACGCCGGCAAGCAAUCAAGGUACCUUGGUGGCGAUUUUAUUGACAGUGGAGACAGUUACAGAAAUCGCAUCCUCAUAUGGCCUCAAUCAGCUCUACUACAUGAGUGCCCCAUAUUUCCCCGGCGUCGUAUUUCUUGUCCUGGCGGGAAUGGCAUCACUCGCGGCAAUUUUUGAGAUAGUAUUCAAGCUCACGCAGAAUAUCAACUACGGGAAAGACGAAGAAAAAACACGGACAGACAUUUUGGAAAAAAAAAAAUGAAAAAGCUGUGAUUAACUAUUGAAAUUAUAUACAUAUAUUGCAUGAUUACACUACCAGAUAGCUUUAUAAGAAGACGCCAUUUCUGUUCAACAUCAUUUUAACGCUUACUUUUAUGAAACUUAAAAUAACAAUAAGUACUUUUUGAACGAUUGCUAUGAAAUGAAUUUGGCAGUUUUGGUAGUGAUUUCAAAGCAAAUAUUAAACAUGCCAGCUUAAUAAACUUCGAAAUACA